UAGUAUAAUUGCAUACACUGAUACUCACUCUGUGUGAGAGAGAUACAGACACACUAAAGAACAAAAGAAGACACAUAUAAAUAGAACUUCAACACUACCACUUAAUCAUACGAAUUAUUGCAAAUCGAUCACCCCAUCGUCUUCCCCAAUUCGGUCAUCAUCAUCUUCAUCAUUUACAUUUCGUCAGUUCGUCAGUCAGUUCGAAUCCUCUUACUUUAAUUAAGGUUUUGACUGUGUCUAGCUAUGGCGGAGGCUGAGCUCGAGCCUGAGUGGGCGAACUCCGAGCCGGAGGUCAGCGGCAAAUCGGCGCCGGAGACGAAGCGGCAGAAGCGGCGGAGGGACGGCGGCGACGAGUGUUCCUCCGACGGGAAUGUGAAGAAGAGAAGCAGAGGUAGCGAUAACAGCAGCAGCAGCAGCAGUAAUAACAGCAAUAAUACUAACAAUGGAAAGCAUUCGGUGUACAGAGGAGUACGAAUGCGGGCGUGGGGGAAGUGGGUUUCCGAGAUCCGGGAGCCCCGGAAGAAGUCCCGGAUCUGGCUGGGAACCUUCGACAACCCGGAGAUGGCGGCACGUGCGCACGACGUCGCCGCCCUAGCCAUCAAGGGUAGCUCCGCCAUCCUCAACUUCCCCGAAUUAACGGACCUCCUCCCCCGACCCGUCACGUGCUCCCCACGUGACGUCCAGGCUGCCGCCACCAAAGCCGCCCACAUGGACCACCUCAACCGCCGCUCUCCGGCGACUCUCACCUCCUCCUCCUCCUCCUCAUCCCUCGCCACCACCACAACCACCGCCACCACCACUACCACCUCCUCGUCGGAAGACGCCUCCACGACGACGGCGCCGGACGAGCUCGGCGAGAUCGUGGAGCUUCCGAGCCUGGGCACCAGCUACGAGUCGAUCGAGCCGACAAGAGAGGAGUUCGUAUUCGCCGACGUCGGAUGGGAGUAUUACAAUUACAAUUAUAAUUAUAAUUACAAUUACAAUUAUAAUUACAAUCAUUUGGACAGUUUGCAAGAUUGUGGACUUUUCUUGGAGGAUAUGCUGUCGUCGGCUGCCGCUUUCGAAGGAAUAUUGUGAAAGGCAUCAAUAGUUUGACCUUACCUUCCAUGGCAAUGCCGGUGUGUGUUUGUUUUUUUUACUUUUUUACAUUUUCGUUUUCAUUUUUUUUUUUUUUUGAAAAAAAACAACUUUUGGUGAUGAGUUUUGACCAUUUUAUAUGUCAAUCUUUCCAUUGCGCUUCUUGUUUCCUUUUUUUUUGUGCUUAUUUUUCACCACUGUAAGAAGAAGUAAAUUUCUUUCAGUUGUACACUACAGCUGUCUUCUCUCAUUUGAAAAAGCCAUUCAAAUCGAUCA